UCUAACAGGUCUACUUGCUGACCAUUUCCAAGAUGGCAGCACUUCUGAUGUACCUGAAGCAGCUGAAUUGCAUCUAUUUAUGGACAUAUCUAUGUUUGGCAACUCUAGCUGUGGAGAAUCCACAGGAAAUGUUGCAAACAAAACCUCAUGAGGUUCGGACACUGAAUGCAGGAAAUACAAGAAACACAAGAUCACCAGUACUGGAAUCACAGCCCACUGAACUGGCAGCCCUAGGAAGACCUCUGUUUCUUGGUAUGCUGUAUGACUCCCGCAAGGAUUCCUUCAUUCCAGGUGUUACUCUGUGGGAUAAGAAAUCCCUGAGUGAAAAUUUGGACAGUCGUCCACAGCCACUCACAGAUUUGAAGUUCAGUAGCUCUGACUCUAUGUCUAGUAAGGCCAGUCUCCUAGAUGUAAGUGCCUCCCUGAAGGCUAGCUUCUUGGGUGGGCUCGUGGAGGUGGGAGGAUCUGCCAAGUUCCUGCGUGACACUAAAUCUUCAAACCAACAGUCCCGAGUAACAAUGUAUCACAGUGAAACCUCAAGAUUUGAACAGCUCACUAUGACCCAUUUGGGCAAGAUCACCUAUCCUCAGGUGUUUGACCAGAAAACCGCGACUCAUGUGGUCACAGCAGUAUUGUAUGGAGCUCAGACCUUCAUGGUGUUUGAUCAGACAAUUUCAGAAGAGGAAAACAAACAGGAGGUUGAGGGAGAACUGAAUCUCAUGGUCAAUAAGAUCCCUUUAUUUUCCAUUGAGGGAAAAGCAGCUUUGGAAAUGACAGAUUUUGAAAAGAAAAGAGCUGAGAAGAUCACCUGCACAUUUCAUGGUGACAUUAGCCUUAAGCAGAACCCCACCACAUACAUGGAGGCCCUGAAUCUGUUCAAGGAGCUCCCCACUCUGUUGAAGGAGAAUCAUCAGAAAAUGGUUCCAAUCAAAGUCUGGCUGUAUCCCCUUAAUCUUCUGGAUACAAGGGCAGCUCGAAUGGAGAGAGAAAUCAGCACAAGCAUAGUUUCCAGUGCUGAAGAUAUAAUGGAGGGACUGUUGGAGGCAGAGAGGAUAUGCAACGACCUUUCCGAAAGUACAUUGGUAAAUGCUUUCAGUGACAUCAAAGAGAGGCUGCGCUCAUUUCAGAGCUCAUUUAAGAUUUACAAAUCAAUGCUCCUGAAAGCAUUCGGCAGGGUUUUGCCUGCAAUUCGAGAAGGAGGAAUGGAGGAGAAGUCACUGGAAGACAUCCUAAGGAUACACAGAAGCUCCCCAUUUAAUGUUGGCAAGCUUAAUCAGUGGUUAAAUGAUGCAAAGUCUGAACUUAACCUCUUGAAGUCUUUCACUAACACAUUGAAGGGCAUCAAAAUGGAAGACCCAGACUGUCUUAACUCCAUACUCAUUGAUCCUAAUACUGAUUUUGUGGUGAGCUUGACUUUCACCUCUCUCCAGUAUGAAGACCCGUAUCUUUCAACCCUGAAGGAAUUUCUCAAAUCUGACAAGUUUAAAGAGAUAGAUGAGGAAAACAAUGUUCCAGUGUCAUCUGUUAAAAAGUGGUUUAAUAAUCCCAAUGUCAUCACAAAUAUGAGAGAAGACAUAUCUAGAUUCAGAAGUUUUUCAGAGGCCAAUAAAAAAAACAAGAGAAUCCGCUUUAUUAUUUCUGCCAUCUCUGAUCCCUCCAGUCUAGGCUCCUCCAUCUAUCUUUAUGAAAAAGGAAGACUGACAGACACAAAGUACCAGCUUGUUUCCAAGCCUCUCCCACCAGUGAGAGAUGUCAAGGUCCAAACUGUGGCCCUGAAACUGCAUGAGUCCCCAACUGGAGAAACACUGAAGUACAGAGUGGAAUACAAGGAGCUAAAAUCAAGUCCCGAGGGUCGCGAUGAACAGUGGAUCAGCAUCGAAACAACUGAUAAAGACAUUACUCUGACUGGAUUGGCAUAUAGAAAGCAGUACACAGUCCGGUGUAGAGCAGUGGAUAAAGUGGGAAUGAGUGAAGCCAGUGAUACUGUCACUCCUAAUCCCUCUACAGAACAUCCUCUGUUUGUGGGUGGCGGAGGAGGCUAUAAAACCAGCUUUAUAACUCCUUCCAUCAGCGCCAUUAAGGAAAUCAAAAUGUAUUACGAAGAAGAGAGCUCCACAGUGAUUUCCAGGUUUAAAGGAAUGGAGGCGAUUUUCAACAAUGGUCAAAAAUUCAAUGUUGGUGUCAACAAUAAUCUGAAAGUACAAGAAUUUCUAUUUAACAAUGAUACAAUUGUCUCUGCAACAAUAUGGCCAAAUAGGAAUAAGGACAGAGUCCAUGGGUUGGAAUUUGUGGUUGAAAAAAGCAUUGGCGAAAGAAGAACAUUCUCCAUCAAGUGUAAAGAUUUGGGGGAGCCUGUGAGGGUUGAUGUGAGAUCUGGAAAGUGUUAUGGAAUUGCAGCGAGAUUUGCAAAUGAAAUUGAUAAUCUAGGCUUCUACUUCAUUUAGAUGCCUUCAGCAACACAAAUUGUAAAUCUGUUAUUGACAGUAUCCAAUUUAACUAAUCAAAUAUUUUAAACAUGUACUAAACAUGUACAACAUAUAGAACAAUUGCCUUGCCUUAUAAUGUUUGGUAUUCAGAUAAGUGAAACCAUAGGCUCUCCAUUAAUGCAAAAUUACAUAAAUAUAAAGAAUCUAUAAGCCAAUCAAUAAACAGUGAUUUCAGUAAUGGAAUAUUCAAAAUUGUUUUCUGUUUUAUCAUGAUCUGUGUCCAUCUGUAAUUUCCCUUUUCUUUAUCUUAUAUUCUGUUUCAAACUUUUCGGAAGUAAAAAUAAACAUGAUUUACAUGUAUAAUUGACAAUAAAGUGCUUAAUUUGAUUUGGUCUGA